AUGAGCCAGGAAGAGAACAAUGUUGUGGCACUCUCAGCCUUCACCAAUGGCAGCAAUCCGAAGGAAGAAAAUCCGAUGGAAGCAAAUCUUAGUUUCUCUAAGAAAAUAUCGGAUGGGAGCUCAUGUGAAGAUGAUGCUGACUCUAGCAUGCGUUCAGUACAUACAAAAAUCUUGAAGGACAGCCAUGUGGAACAAAUAGAACAUCCUUUGCUAGUAGUUGAAGAAAACCAUUUGCUGGAGCAUGUUGGAGAAAACGUUGUUGGUGAGCAUAUACAUUUUGAAGCAGAGCUAGAUGAAGGCGACGUUGCGUCUGAUGUUGAAGUUGAAAGACUACAUCGUGUACAUGAAGAGCCAAUUACAUACUUCCAGCUGCGUAGGGUUGGUGCGGAUGGAAGAUCGAUGAAGAGGAGAAGAAUCGAUGAGUAA